GGAACCGUGUACACAACAAAGGAAAAGAAGCAAAGUUUGAGAAACGGACAGACAACAUUCUCUUCCCAUCAACCAAAGCGGAAGAUGACAAUUGGGUUUCUUACGAAAGAGAAUAAAGUGGGGUUGGGGUUGAGAUUAUCAAUUAAAUUUUAGAGCUUUAGGCAUCGAUGGAGGCUCGUGUGGGAAACAAGUUUCGGCUCGGACGCAAAAUCGGAAGCGGUUCUUUUGGAGAGAUCUAUCUCGGUACUCAUAUUCAAACACAUGAAGAAGUUGCAAUCAAGCUUGAAAAUGCCAAGACAAAACAUCCACAGCUUCUCUAUGAAUCCAAGUUAUACAGACUUCUACAGGGCGGAACUGGUGUUCCAAAUGUCAAGUGGUUUGGUGUUGAAGGCGAGUACAAUGUGCUGGUGAUUGAUUUACUUGGCCCUAGUCUUGAAGACUUGUUCAAUUUCUGUAGCAGGAAACUUUCUCUCAAGUCCGUCCUCAUGCUUGCUGAUCAAAUGAUAACCCGUGUUGAGUAUUUCCAUUCAAAAUCUUUCCUUCACCGAGAUCUCAAGCCAGACAAUUUCCUCAUGGGUUUAGGAAGACGUGCAAACCAGGUGUACAUCAUUGACUUUGGUCUUGCUAAGAAGUACAGGGAUAACACUACUCAUCAGCACAUUCCUUACAGAGAAAAUAAGAACCUCACUGGAACUGCAAGAUACGCUAGUAUGAAUACUCACUUGGGAAUUGAACAAAGCCGAAGAGAUGACUUAGAAUCUCUUGGUUACAUCCUCAUGUACUUCCUUAAAGGAAGUCUUCCAUGGCAAGGACUUAAAGCUGGAACCAAGAAACAAAAGUAUGAGAGAAUCAGCGAAAAGAAAGUCUCUACAUCAAUCGAGUCUUUAUGCCGUGGCUACCCAUCUGAACUCGCAUCUUACUUCCACUACUGCCGCUCGCUCCGGUUUGAUGAUAAACCAGACUACAACUAUCUCAAAAGAAUAUUCCGGGAUCUCUUUGUCCGCGAAGGGUUUCAAUUGGAUUAUGUUUUUGACUGGACCAUAUUAAAGUACCAAAAGUCACAGCUAACAGCUCCUCCAUCACGUGGCGUCUUAACUCCUGCGGCUGGAACCAGUGCGGGUAACAGAACAUCUUUAACCAAUAGAAUGUUUGAAAAGUUUUUUAAGCUUUGUUUUGAUUUGUUUCUUGAAGGGGAGGAAGAGAGAGUGAGACCAACGAUGGAUUCAUCAAGAAGGAGAGCCUCUGGAGCUCUUGACAACUCUGCAGCUACUAGAGCCCCUACGAUGCCAAGAGAGUCACUGUUUGCACAGUCAGCAGGAUCAUCAAGGAGAGUAACGUCGGAGGAGCUACACUAUGCAGGCGGUGGAGUAAGAAACUCUGCGGUGGUUUCAACGACAGAAGGGAAGAGAUCAUCUUCCACCAGGAAACAGUAUGACUCCGCGAUGAAAGGCAUUGAGACUCUCCAAGUCUCAGACGAAAGGUUUCACCACCGUUGAACCAGAAGAUAGAAAAAGAAUGGUUACGUGACAGAUAAUAAUACAUUAUAUAUAUAUAUAUAUAUAUUUGAGUUUAAGAAAUGCAUUGGUGCAACCGUGAUCUACAAGUUUCCUGAUGCACCUGACCCGUCACUCCUGGAUCCAAUAAAAUGGAACCACUACGAUGUCUCUGCUGUUACACAUUUGCUCAGGAACUACCUUAGCCAGUUUGGGAGGUAACAACUUUAAAUAAAUGUUAGAUUUCUUAUGCCAGGAUCAAAUUAUAAAUAAUCUUUUUAGGUGUUCUA